AUGUUCAAGUACGUUUUGAUCGCCUCAGCACUCGCAGCUGUCGGUUCUGCCUACAACCUCCUCACGGUCUGUAACGACGCCAACUUUAAGGGUAACUGCGUUACUUGGACCGGCGAUCUCAAGAAAUGCUAUGGUCUCAACGAGUACAAGGGUGCCGUCUCCUCUGCGAAGAUCUUCGGAAGUAUCCGUUGCAACCUCUACCGUAAGGAUGGCUGCAAGGGCGGAGGAAUUGUCAUUACUGGUCCCGCUUACAACUUGCAGGAGCAGAACUUCAACGACGCGGCAUCUUCCUUCUACUGCCACUUCAACUAA